CUUAACCUCAAAUACGGAAGACCCGCGUGUUCGUCGCACAAUCAAACAUGGUGCUUGGAAAGGAAGAGUCUUUGUCCAAGCUCAUCUUAAACUUUGGUGCAAACACGCGUAAAAUGGCAAAGUCCAAAAAAACAAAGGGCUAUCUCGGAGCCAGGCGCAGUCUGCUGUCGGAGUAUUGGUCGCGCUACCACGCUAUUCGCGACGAUCUUGGUGCGCUGGCGGUCACUGAUGCUAAUGCAGCAGCGGUGCGUGACGCGCUGUCCGAUGAGCACUUUGCAGCUAUUGAAGGAGCAUAUUGCGAAGCAAUGGGUGAACUCAACGAUGCAAGUGCACCACUCACAAUUCUUCCAAAAAUCGAGUUGCCGAAGUUCGAUGGGUCUUUUGAAAAGUGGCUAAGCUUUAAGGACAUGUUCACUACGUGCGUGAUCAAAGAUACGACACUCUCCAACGUGCAACGAAUGCACUAUCUCAAAAGCAGCGUACAGGGCGAGCCGGAGGUUAUGCUCCGGAGUUUUUCGGUUAUAGACGCUAAUUUUAUAAUCGCGUGGGACCUACUCCAACAAAGGUAUGACAACAGACGACGACUUGUGAAGACAUACUUGCGAAACAUUGUCAAGUUGGCGGCAAUGCCCAUAGAAUCCGAAACGAGUCUGCGAAAACUGUUGGACACCGUGACUGAGUCAAUGCGUGCGUUACAACAGCUUGGCCGUCCAACAGCUCAGUGGGAUGAUUGGCUAAUUUUUCUAAUCACCGAAAAGCUCGAUUCUGCCACAGUUAAAGAAUGGGAGAUGAGUCUUGGUAGUCCAAAUGAGCUGCCUGCUUACAGCGAUUUAGUCUCGUUUCUAGAAAAACGCAUUCUUGGAUUGGAAGCAGUGGGGGCAGCUGCCAAGAAUAAAUCGAAAGAUUUUUCACAAAAAUCACCACACAAUCAAGCUGUGCGAAGUCAUCAAACGAGCUUUGGCCGAUGCUCAUGCUGUUCGGGUAAGCAUACGCUUAUGUACUGCCCGGAUUUCCGCAAGAAAACAUCUUCAGCAAAAUUAGAUCUGGUUCAUAAGGCAAAACUUUGCAAAAAUUGUCUAAAACCAGGUCACACUCUUGACGAGUGCUCAUCUACUUAUACAUGCCAAAGGUGCAUGCAAAAACAUCAUACACUGUUGCAUGACAGUCUUUCUACGCAACCCAACAAGGUUGCUACUCAUCAUACGCGUUCCGAUUAUUUAAUACAGACACCAAACACAAAUGAUCUCACAUCUGUUCUGCUUGCAACUGCGGUUAUUGGAAUACGCUCUCCCACAGGGCAUGAACUCCAACUGCGGGCGCUUCUGGACAAUGGAUCACAGGCAUCUUUUAUCAGCGAGUUUGCAGUUCAACAACUACACCUUCGCAGAGCCCGUCUUCAAGUACCCAUCACCGGUAUAGGCGGAUGCCGUGUAGAACCCGAGUUCAACAUCGAUUGUUCGGCCCUGGUCCUGCCCCGCUUGGGACAUCUCAUGCCGUUAAAACGUGUCGAUCCAAAACCAUAUUCGGAAUUUCUCGAUCUGCCAUUAGCCGAUCCAAACUUCUUCGAACCAGGGUCUAUUGAUGUCAUCAUCGGCGCAGACCUCUACGCCACUACUGAGCUCAACAAUUUGGUUCAGCAACUGUGGAAGUUCAAUGAAUGUGAGGACGUGGAAGGCUCAUCCUCAAUGACGCAAGACGAAAUUUACUGCGAGAAGCUAUUUGAGCGUACAGUGUGUCGCGAUCUUUCCGGGCGCUAUCACGUUCAAUAUCCCUUUAAGGAGUCCUGUGACCUUGCUGCUCUAUCCGAUUCUAAAUCAGAUGCCCUUCGACUAUUCGCAUACCAACAAGCGCGCCUUCAAAACAAUGCCACACUGAAUGAAAUGUAUACAGCGUUUAUGGCUGAGUACAGAAAUCUUGGUCAUAUGGAGCCAGUCCCAUCUGACGAUAUUGCGCAUCCAGUAUGUUACAUUCCUCAUCAUGGUGUGUACAAAAAGGGUAGCACUACGACGAAGCUUCGCACUGUAUUUAAUGCUUCAAGGAAAUACAAAGGUGGCGUUUCUCUAAACGACUGUCUUCAUGUUGGACCCAAGCUGCAGAGCGACUUAAGCUCCAUCAUUUUAAAAUGGCGAAUGCAUCGAGUUGCGUUCAUAGCGGACAUUGAAAAAUGUUAUCGCCAGAUUUUAGUCAGCAGACCUGAUGCUGAUAUGCAGCGGAUUGUCUGGCGUGACGAGCAGGGCAAGCCAGCCAUUUACCGGUUGCUCACUGUAACUUACGGCUUAAAUUGCUCGCCCUAUCUCACCAUUAAGGUUCUGCACACGCUUGCUACGGAUGAAGAACACGAUUUUCCGGCAGCAUCAAAAAUAUUAACGGAGUCGUUUUACAUGGAUGAUUGCCUGCAUGGUGCCGCAACCGUGGAAGACGCUCUGAAUAUUCAACGCCAGCUACAACAGCUUUUGCAGCGCGGCGGAUUCAACCUUCGGAAGUGGAUGUCCAACUCUACUGAAUUUAUGGGACAUCUGUACACUGAAGACGAAAACCUUGGGCUGUCCCGCAACUUAAAUCUUGAUAGCGAAACAAACGCUCUCGGAAUUUAUUGGCUGUGCGACACUGACAGCAUCGGUUACAAGACAAACGUAACACCUAUCAUUGGAGACAUCACAAAGAGGCAGCAAUUGUCCGAUGUGGCCAAAAUCUAUGACCCGCCGGGUCUACUAGCACCUGUCGUAGUUAAAGGUAAAGGUAUUUGUCAGCAGCUGUGGUUAUCGGGUGUCGAUUGGGACGAUCCCAUUCCUGAUCCAUUUCAACAAGAAUGGCGACGCUUUAGAGCCGAAAUGCCUCAAAUAAGAGAACUCAAAGUGCCCAGGUGGGUUGGAGCUGAGCCCAGUGUAUCCAGUUACCAACUGCAUGUAUUUUCUGAUGCCUCUACUGUGGCAUAUGCUGCUGUCGCGUACCUUCGUGUGGAAACUUCAGGUAAAGAUGUAAAAAUAUCAAUUCUAACCGCUAAGACUAAGGUGGCACCACUGAAGAAGAUAACCAUCCCGUGUUUGGAGCUAAAUGCUGCUCUACUCGCAGCGAAAGUAGCCGCUAAAGUGCUGUCAACACUGCAACUACCAGCGAUUCGACUUUACUGUUGGUCGGAUUCCAAAACCACGCUCAGCUGGAUUCGAUCAAAUCCUGGUAAACACAAGCAAUACAUCAGCAAUCGUCUAACUCAAAUCCAAGAGUUAACACCAAUCAAUGCUUGGAAGUAUGUACCUACUACAACGAACCCAGCCGACAUUGCAUCCCGGGGUAUUUUCCCGUCUCAGCUCGCAGGGUUGUCGCUGUGGUGGCGGGGACCUUCGUGGCUAAAUCGUCACUCAAGCACCUGGCCUGAACAACACAACGGUUCGACAGAUCCAGACGAAGAAUUAGUUCUCUCUCUAGUGACGAUUCCGGAAGAGUCCAAACCAACCAUGCUCACGACAUUGCUUCAAAAAUACUCGAAUCUCAACAAGCUAUUGACAGUCACAUCUUGGUGUCAGCGUUUCCUUGCCGCACUGAUGAAGCGACCCCAUGAAACAACUCUAUGGUGCACUGUGACCGAAAGAACCGCGGCCUUGCAAUUCUGGAUAAGCAAACCGAUUUGCCAGAAGAGCAAGCUCCUCAAAUUGAACCCAGUUUUGGAUGACGAUGGUAUUUUGCGUUAA